AUGUCGACGCCUCCUCCCCUCACGCCCCCCUCGCGUCUCAUCGCCAUCCGACCCGAGAACAUCGCCGCUGAAGAUUUCACCCUCUCCGUCCAUAACCGCCCCGAACCAUGGCAUCCCCUCGACUACACAGUCUCCUACAACGGCUCCACCAUCUUCACCGUCUUCGGUCACCCCUUCACCAUCGGCCAACGCCGCACCUUCUACGACCGCUCGGGUCUCCCGCUCUUCGACCUCCGCUGUCGGUGGUAUACCUCGUCGAUCUUGGACCUGAAACUCCCGGGCGGCGAGAACAACCUCUUAGCAGCGAAAUUGCGCGUCGCGGUCCGGGAACCCAAGGCUACGAUUACAUUUCAGAAUGCAGUUGCCGGAGACCUUUCGUCUUCGAGUUCUCGACGAAGCAGCAAGCUUCCGAUGACCGAUCAGGUCACGAUGGAAGUCCAUGCCCAGGACCUGGAUAAUAUGGUGCAGGUCGUGGUAGUCGAGAACCGCAAUGUUGCUUCCAUUCAUCGCAUCACGGACCCUGAGCAGUUGACGGAGGGUCAGAUGCCGCCGUUUCGGUUAAGGCCUAAAUGGGACGUUAGGAUUGCGCAGGGAGUGGAUAUUUCGUUGAUUGCCGUCGUGGUGGUGAUUCUGGGUCAAAAUGCUGGGGAUAUAGCAUAUAAUACACAAUCCCUAUCGGCAACCCCAACCGAACGGUCGCCUAUCGAUGCCUGCAACGAUGAAACUGGCUCUUUGGACCCUGCGUGUUCUUUGAAUUUCGACCAUGCUCCUGGUGACACCGCGUCCCCAUUGACCAUCUCACAACAUGACGACCGACCAGGAUGCCACGUUUUCCUAUACACCUUCCUCGUUCCUAUCCUGCCUUAUGUCCUCGAGAACCGCCUCGGAAUUGAUCCCUCCUUGACCCAGCGUCUCAGCUUCGCCCUGCUGGCCGAAAGUUCCGUCAUCGCCCUGGUCUGUAGCCCCUUCAUCGGGAACUACGCAGAUACCCUUCCUUCGAAGAAAGCAGUUCUUUUAGCCUCUCUGGCAGUUGUGCUGCUCGGAUCGAUCGUUCUCGCGGCCGCAACCUCGGCGGCGGUUUUGUUCAUAGGUCGUCUGAUCCAAGCCAUUGCGAGUUCGUUCAUUUGGGUCGUUGGAUAUGCGACCAUCGCCGAUAAUGUUCAGCCAGAGAACCUGGGGAAGACGUACGGCUUUGUCUCGGUGGUCGUGGGAGCCGGGACCUCGGGCGGUCCGAUCAUUGCGGGUGUGUUGUUCGAAUUGGGUGGAUAUUGGCUAGCCUGGUCGAGUGCCUUUGUCAUUAUAUUCUUUGAUAUCAUCUUCCGACUCUUGAUGCUUGAGAGACCGAGAUCGAUCACAGACGACGAGAACCCCGAAAAUGAUCCCUUACUGUCAGGUACGGGCGGUGACAGUGCCGUGGAAGAAAAGACAGGCCUCCAGUUCUACCUGUACAUGUUCCGACAUCGCAAAUUCGUCUGUGGGGCACUGAGCUAUCUGACCUUUGCGAUUUUGACUACGAGCUUUGACACGACGCUGCCUCUACACGUCCGCGAUGUCUUCGGCUGGAAAAGCAUGCUCGCUGGUUUAAUGUUUUUCGCGUUUCAGGGGCCCGGCAUUGUGCUCAGUCCCCUCUGUGGCUGGCUGAAGGAUCGUGUCGGGACUCGCUGGCCAACCACUGUCGGUUUCAUUGGCGUAGCUCCUGUGAUGUGGCUACUGGGGACGCCUGGCGACGAUCGGUUCCCUUGGAUCAACGAGGGCAAUCGGGGACAAGUAAUCUACACGGUUGCAAUGACUGGGGUUGGCAUUCUAACAUGUUUGCUGAAUGGGGCGGGGACUAUCGAAGCCACGGGUACGUUUGACUGUGUUUGUGCUCUGAAAUCUGUCCUUCUGACCUAUGUAUUCUCUGCUCUAGUGACGGUCGAUGAGAUCGAGGCCAGACAUCCGGGGAUCUUUGGUCCCCAUGGAGGAUACUCGCGGGCCCUGUCGAUUGCCAGUAUGAGCUGGACCCUCGGCUCUUUUGUCGGACCAAUCCUCUCCGGCUGGCUUGCAGAGCGAUUUGGCUAUUAUGAGAUGAAUUGCGCGCUGGGUAUGAUCUUGUCCAUCUGA